AUAGAGAAAAAUAUCCAUCCAUCCAUGGCGGAUCUCGUCGCCGCUGUCAAGAUUUUUAUUUAGUUUUUGCAUCAAAUGUGAAGCUCCUUCAAUGAUUUUAAGUGGGUUUAUAGCGUGGAAGUGAUCGUGUGGCGGCGCGGUCUCGGUGAUACGUCUCGUUGGUCGCUAGCACCAUGUUCAGUGGCACGGUGCGAGUUAAAGUAUGUGAGGCGACGGGUCUUCGGCCAACCGACUUUCAGAAACGGCUCAAUAUGGCCUUUGGAAAGCCAGACGAUCAGCCGAUAGACCCUUACGUCUCAAUAGAUGCCGACGAGCACCACCUGGACCGUUCCAGCACCAAAGCCAAAACAUUUGAUCCUGUCUGGAACGAGACAUUUACACACGACGUUCACAAUGUUUCCAGUUUGGGGAUCACAGUAUUUCAUGAUGCGGCUAUCCCUCCUGAUGACUUUGUUGCAAAUUGCACAAUAUCUUUUGAGGAUCUGAUGCUGCGAGAUAAGGAUGCCACAGACUUUUGGGUGGACCUAGAGCCGCAGGGGAAACUGCAUCUGAAAAUAGAUCUGAAAUGGCAUUCUCAAGGUUCAGGCGAGGGCGGCGGCGGGGGCGGCGGGGGGACGCGCGGAGUGCGCGGGGGGCGCGGCGCUCCCCGGGAGUUCAAGGAGGGGGCGGGGUUCGCCCGGCGCCGCGGGGCCAUGCGUCGCCGCGUGCACCAGGUCAACGGACACAAGUUCAUGGCCACCUUCCUGCGACAACCCACCUUCUGCAGCCUCUGUCGGGAGUUCAUAUGGGGCAUCGGCAAGCAAGGAUACCAGUGUCAAGUUUGCACCUGCGUGCUGCAUAAGCGAUGUCAUUCCCUUAUCGUCACGAAGUGUCCCGGCAUGAAGGAGGAGGCGGGCGCGGGCGCGGUGGGGCAGGGCUUCAGCGUGAACGUGCCGCACCGCUUCGUGGUGCACUCCUACAAGCGGUUCACCUUCUGCGACCACUGCGGCUCGCUGCUCUACGGACUCAUCAAGCAGGGACUGCAGUGCGAAGCGUGUUCAAUGAACGUCCACAAGCGGUGCCAGAAGAACGUGGCCAACAACUGCGGGACCAACACCAAGGCCAUGGCGGCUCUGCUCAACGAGAUGGGGAUAUCGCCCGACAAGAACCCCAGACCGAAGACCUUUAAGUAUCUCAACCCCGCCCUGCUCGAAGGAUCCUCGGAGCUGUCGUCGUCCGGGGACUCCGAGUCGAAGGACGCAGGGGACAAACAAGACGAUAAAGUAGAUGUGCGCGACAAGGAGGGCACGUGGCGCCCCCCCUGGCACGACAUGCAGCUGUUUGUUACUGCAGAAGGGGACACAGAAUGCGGAGGGUUAAAGAAGCCAUCUCUCGAGGACUUCACGUUCAUCAAGGUCCUCGGGAAAGGAUCUUUCGGAAAAGUGAUGUUGGCCGAAAGGCGCGGCACGGAGGAGGUGUUCGCCGUGAAGGUCCUGAAGAAGGACGCCAUCCUGCAGGACGACGACGCGGAGUGCACGCUCGCCGAGAGACGCGUGCUGGCCCUGGCGGCCGCGCAUCCCUUCCUCACGGCGCUGCACUGUGCCUUCCAGACCAGGGACCGUCUGUUCUUCGUCAUGGAGUACGUGGACGGGGGGGACUUGAUGUUUCAGAUCCAGCGAGCGCGCAAGUUCGACGAGCCUCGCGCCAGGUUCUACGCGGCGGAAGUCACCUUGGCGCUGGAGUUCCUGCACGAGCACGGCGUCAUCUACCGCGACCUCAAGCUCGACAACAUCCUGCUCGACUCCGAGGGACACUGCAAGCUCGCCGACUUCGGCAUGUGCAAGGAGGGCAUCAUCGACGGCGUGACCACCACCACGUUCUGCGGGACCCCGGACUACAUCGCGCCAGAGAUCCUGCAGGAGCAGGAGUACGGCUGCAGCGUGGACUGGUGGGCGCUGGGCGUGCUGCUGUACGAGAUGCUGGCGGGACAGCCGCCCUUCGAGGCCGACAACGAGGACGACCUGUUCGAGUCCAUCCUGCACGACGACGUGCUCUACCCCGUGUGGCUCUCGCGCGACGCCGUCUCCAUACUCAAAGGGUUCAUGACGAAGGCGCCGAGCCGGCGGCUGGGCGUGUGCGGCGGCGCGGCGGGCAUCAAGGCGCACGCGUUCUUCCGCGACGUGGACUGGGACGCGCUCGCCCAGAGGAAGCUGCGGCCGCCCUUCCGCCCCAAGAAGAGCAAGCGCGAGGCCGUCAACUUCGACGCGGAGUUCACCAAGGAGGAGCCCGUGCUCACGCCCGUCGCGCCGGACGUGCUGCGGACCAUCAACCAGGAGGAGUUCCGAGGAUUCUCGUUCGUGAACAAGGAUUUCAACCCCCUGCCCGCCGCCUGAACCCCUCCACACGUCUCCCCUUCCCUCUCCCUCCCCCUCCCCUCCCCCUGUCCUGUCGCCACGCGCCCAGUGCAUGCCAUCUCUCUAGUCAUAUUAAUGUGCAAAGUAUUACCUUGUUUUUAUAUGAAUCGAAUUAAUGAGGCCCCCCUCCCCCCGCACACACUCGCAUCAUCGAUCUGAUCUAAAUCUCGUUUAGUUUUACCAAAUGUUAAUAUGGGUAAUCAUUUUAAAUAUAAAUUUAACCUGUCGGCCGUCGUUAAAAGGACGACUCGAAGUGAAAUCUCAUAAUAUAAUGAAAUGGAAAGACGCGGGCGGUGCCGGCCUCGCGCCCGCAUCGUGCUGCGGUCCGCGGGCACCGUCCCCCCUCCCCCUCGAACCUCAAAUAUUACUGUAACUUCGUUUACAUUGUCCUUAACUAUUAAUAUUAUCCUCACCCUACUGCAUGUUAAUACAAAUGAUGUAUUUGUUAUUUUAGACGCGGCACCGUGCGAGCUGGACACGGUGCGUCGCCAAACGAUUUAUUUUUGUGAAAGGAAAGGACACGGUUGAAGUCUUAUGAUAAAUAUCUGUCCAUACGAAAGAAAGUAUAUACACUAGCCACGUUGUAGGAGUAGCGAGGCGUGUGGUCCGCAGCACGUGCUCACGACGAGCACACUCACUAACUUGCGUCUGGAAUUAUUUCACUGGCGCUCUCUCCCGCCUGAGAGAUCGUCCGUGCGGCCAAGUGUCAGGCUAAUUGAUAAAUAUAAAUAUUAUGACCACGAGUGGACGUUGAACUAUGAUGAAAUAUGUUUGGCCAACUAUUGAUUGCUGUAAAUAUUCCGGACCGAUCGAUCAUGUCGUGUGCUUAUAACUUGGCUUACUAAAUUCACCUGCGAUUGGUGCUUUUUAUGUUACUUAAUUUAUACAUAGGAUACAUAGUUGCUCCCGCGGGCACUGGUACGACGAAACUAAAUUAACUUCACGCCCUUGAGGAUACUGCAGAACCCCCCCCCCCACCCCUCGCCCCCCUCGCCCCCCUGCACACAUUGAAAACCUUCUUUUUAUUAACAAUUAAUGGGUGGGUUUUACUGGCGGCGGGGGCGCGGUGGGGGGCGCGGGGGUACCAGUGUCCGCGGCGGGUUCGUUCCUAGUUAUUGAUACAUUUGUCGCUUCUAGUCGUGCGUUGUGUUAGGUUUUGUUGUAAACUGUUGUCUGUUCUAAUACUCAUUGCGCUUCUGUAACGUGCGUUCACGUGAUGGAUCAUCGACAGUCUGACCGUCUGAUGUGUUUUGUUGUUAUUUGGAAAUGGAUCGCAUUCUGUGGGCGGCACCGCGGCACCGCUUCUGUCGAGUCGCGACGUAUUCAUAAGUAUUACUUUUUAGUUUAAGAUUUUAACAAAACCAAAGGUGUUAAUUUUAAAAUAAACAUAAAUUUUAUAGUCGAAAUAUAUUUUAGAUGUUGUAGUUUAUCUCUUAGUUUUUGUUUUUGAUUUGUUCUGUAGCGGCCGCCCGCCGGCCUCGUGCGAUUGUCGCGGUUGAUGCACAAAUUUUGAUGCUUUACGUAGUAUUUAGUGUAACAUUAAAAUAAAAUAUACACAUACAUUUAAAUAAAAUUUGAAGAAAAAAACUAAAAAAAUGGUAAUUCUCUUUACGUGUUCCCGUUGUCGUGUUUUAACUUUUAUUUAAAUCUAUUUUUUUUUAUUAAUAGUUACCAAUCAGGACAUUAUAAUUUCCUCGUGAAAGAUCAAAGGUUUAUGUGUCUAUACGCCCAGUUUGUUUAUAAACAUGAAAUCUUCACACAAUAACGAAAAUACAAGACGAGGAAAACGACGCGCGCACGGAGGGGCGCGGGGGCGAACCCCGGGGCGCCGCCCCCGCGCCCCUCCGGACUCCGCCGCCGAUGAGCUCGUUUCGUUGUUCAUUGAAUUCACUGUUUUCUUUAUGCGUUAUUAUAUACAUCAUUUAUAUAAUAAUAUAUAUAUUAUAUAAUAUAGUUUUAUAGUUAUAGCUGUGACGUCACUGUCGUGUUAUUUACUCGAUUAUAAAAAAUAUAAUAUAUUAAUAUGUUGAGUGUUGUUCACUGUUUGUGUGUUUUUAUCGGAUGUGUGCAUGUGCGCGCGCGUGUGUGAGAGCGGUGCGUGUGUGCGUGUGCCGAGGUAAACAUCUCGAGCGCCCGUGAUCCGUGAAUGCCCGCGAUCACAAGCGCUCCCCCGUGCUCGGCUGUACUCGGCUGUACUUGGCUGUACUCGGGUGUACUCGGCUGUACUCGGCCACACUCGGGUCCGCUCGGCUGUGCUCGGCCACACUCGGGUGCGCUCGGGCGCGCUCGGCCUACAGUCGUGCUCGCGCCGCCGCAGAGAACAGUUUCCUCGGCACUCGCAACGGCCGAGUUGUAGUUAAGCUAAAACGCCAUACAGAUAAAUAUAUUUAGUACUCACUUCACACUAGUGUAUAAUUAUAUUGUAUGUUACAAUAUUAAAUAAUGACUAUGCAUCAUAUUACUUAUAUUUUUUUAUAAUCAAUUUUAUUUUUAAAAUAUAGUUGAAAUAUCAUCAUUGACAAAAAGGUACAUCUUGAUCGAUUAUAGUAGUGGACGCUUGAGACACAGCGGUGAGCACCGUUUUGCCACUGCGGCCGGCGGCUGCUGCCAAUGUCGUAAAGGACCCCGGUUUUCUUCCUGCAUUUUAAUCGAAAAGGCCAUAAUUAAUCAAUUACCAAAUCAGUACUCUUGAAAAUAACUGAACGGGCGACGGCAUCCGAGUUGUGGUUUCUAUAGGCUCCAGGAACCACUCAACAUCGGACGUGCUGUGAGCCCGUUCGUUUAUGCAUCUAAACCUACAGCGUGUCCUUUUUGUCGAUACCGUCACCGCGGAUCUUGUUAGUGAUUUGUACAAAUUGGCUUCAGCGACUUCUCUUGUAGUGAUGUGUGCUUGCACUAACGACGAAUUAGUUUGUCGUGGCAACCGACGCAUCAUUUUCUUUAAUUCGGAUCAUAAUUUAUAUUUCCUGGACCGAUUUACUCGGAUUUAUUUUCAAUCUUGUCAUAAACUCCGUGUAAAGAAACCAUUAUAUGUAUUAGAAUAUAAACUAGUACAUUACUUGUGAACUAUUCAAAGAAAAGUAUUGAAAAAUCAUUUACAUAUAUGCGGACAUUGUUUUCAUACGAACAGAAUCUGGAAAAAUCCCAUGUUUUGCUAUUAACUGGUUAGUACGCUUCUGUCACAUAUGCGAAUAAUUUGAACAAUCCAGGGGACUGCGGCUCGUUGAGGAGCCAGUUCAAUACUGUUUUAUAUUCUUUAUUUAGUUUAUUUCUUAUUUUUGAAAGAGAAGUUACCAAAACGUAAUCGUGCCAAAGUACCAAAUCCGUGCAAUAUACAUAUAUAUACAUAUUUAAAUAAAUAAUUAUUUAUGUUUGAUUUGUGUAAUUUAACUGUCGAAAACAUAGUAGUGUGUUGGGAGAUGUUUUCUGAGAAAUGCGCAUAAAAUGCUUGCUACGAAAGGUGCAAUAGAAUAAAUAGUUACUGGGUAAUGAAGAGUAACGAAUUACAUUCGUCCAAACCAGCACAUGUGUGCUUAGUGCGAGUUUUUAACGUUUUCGACAGUGUAAACGUUUGCCGCUAGGGGCGUUGUUCCAACUCCAUACAAAUUUGAGUUAACUUUUACACUGUCGAGAACGUUAAACACUCGCACUAAGCACACUGGUGUCUACGUGAUGCGUGACGCGUGACGUGACGCGCCCGUCUGUCGCGUUAUACGGUGCAUCAUCACUACAGUUAAUUGCAGUUAGUGUAGUACUGUCACACACAAGUAACGUGUCAUAGUGAUCUUAACACAACUUACAGUAACGAUGUAUGUUUAUUUAUAAAAUGAUUGGGUGCAAUAACAUUCUGAUGCUGCGAAGCUCCCAGUGUACGCGCCUGCCGAGUCGGACGCGGAUCUCGGUGCGCGGUCUACCAGUCAAGCUCUUUAUUUCGGAUCAUGCUUUUUACACAUUGAUUUUGAAAUUAUUUUCUAACAUUUGACAUUAAAACGUUUUGUUACUAAUGAAUUAUUAUUAUUAUUAUUAUUAUUACAAUUUGCACAUUAGAAAUGUACUAUAAUUGAUUUAAGAGCGAAUUUGAAGAAUGUAGAUCAUUAACAGGAUUUUUAUUAUUGUUUAAUAAAAUGCUUAUAUAUUAGAUAAAUAUAUUUUUACGCUUCCCAGAGGUGUUUUAUAGCCAAAGAAAUGGAUUUAUGAAUGUACAAAGUGGCUUAAAGCCUUCCCUGUUGUCUGCGUGGGCUCGAGUUGGGGGGGCGCGCGCGGGGCACACGCUCCUCCACGACGCGGCGACGCUGCUCGUCAAAUGCAUAAUUAACAGUACGAUUUUGUUAGGCAAUUUAUAUACUUAGUUAUUGCGUUGGUUUUUAAAGUACCUAGUAUCUAGAAAAUAUUCAAACGUUGACUUUGUCACAAAAAUAAUUCGCCUAACUUUUGAUAAAAUGUUAAUCUCUGUGUACUCGCGAAAUUGAGUAUGACCGAUAGUAGUGUCACUAUUUAUCCUCAGAGUACAUUAGCCUCCAUUACUGUAUCGAAGAGUUCUAUAGGACUGCUUCGACAGAUGUAAGGAAGGUUUGCCUCGCGGCGUCACCCCCGCCGAGCCGUCUUGCCAUUGCGACAGAUUGUUUAAAAAUUUAGUGUCUAUAUAAUACACGUGUACUUACGUUAAACUAUGUUAUUGUUUCGUAUUUAACUUUUACAUUCUGAGGUACACCUCUUGACAAAACUCUUAAUUGAAAACAAAAUAACAUCUUGGUUGUUUCGAAAAAGUACAAUAUACUUUUGUACCUUGAGAUGUAAAAGUAGUUGAGUUAUAUAAUAAAAUCUUAUAUAGUUUGUGUUAUGAUGUGUAGUUGACAAUUAAAUUAAAAAAAAAAAACAAAAAAAAAAUGAUUUUUAGAAGUGUUGGGAUUGCAGUCCGGUCCGGUACAGUCGGGGGCGAGACCGCUAUCAUUCUAAAACUGCAUUUAAUUAUAAUAUUGAUUUUGCGUACUGUUAAUUUGUCCUCGGCUGUACUGGCGUGGACAUUUUCAUUGUAUUCACGAUUAGUUCACUCAUGCAAAUAAUAUAUAUAUAGUUUUAUGAUGAGAACAAGAAAUAUAUUAUGUAAAUGUAAUCCUACAAGUCUAUUAAAUCAAUGAAAUAGAUUA